AUGACAUCAAAUCGUGAUGAAGGGCCUGUAUAUUAUAGAGAGAUACAAAAAAAUGCAUUUCUUAAAAGGAUACCUAACGAAGUUAGCACCAGUAAGCUCAGGCCGCUAGGGCAUAAGAAACCCCCACUCAAACCAAUGUGGACAUUAUUUUGCGUACACAAUGGACGUAUACCCUUUUUAGAACAAUAUCCCGAGCCAGACUCAGCCACAACCCUUACCCAUAGACCGGCAUGGAGGGUGUGCUUGCGUUCAGCCAGACAUGUCACAGCCAGUGUUAAGCCACAUGUGGGCGAUGAGUACGACUUCCUGAUUGACACAGAUCAGGGGCCGGUCAGGAUGCUGGCUCCAGACUGGGACUCAAUGCAGGAUUGGGUAUCAACCCUCCGAAAUAAACUGCAUGAGUUAAAAAUCCUUGCGAAAGGGGAGAAUGUAUACUGCGCUGCUCCAAUAGCCCCUGUUCCCCGCGCGGCAGCAAGGGACCCCACAUCCCCACUUCCGCCAACCCCUCCAAUACCACCUGAUCGAGUACCCGGAAUUGAACUGACGACCCAAAGUCCCCGUCCUGCACCAGACACGGCAGUCGAACCGGCCCCAACAGCACAGCCUGCAAUCGAGAAUCCAGAACCAAACGAAGCCCCGCCACAAGCUCAAGAACCUGUUGACAUAUCCAACUGGGAUAACCUGGCCACUUCCUUACCCAGCACAAGCCAAGCGGAGCCUAAGAAGAGUGUUGCGAAGAUCUGCGGACAAAAUAUCUGUCUAGAUGAUUCCAUUUUGAAACGGUCAGAAGUGACCGAGAGUGAUGAGGAAUUCUUCUCUGAAAUUGAUAGGAUACACGAAUCUGUUGAGAGUUUGAAUGUGAAUGAGAAAGAGCCCGUUGGGUAUACUCAAAGGGUUGUUGUAAGUAAUGAUGGGGAGGCUGGGUCUUCUAAUAACAAAGUGGAUAAAUCACACAGUAUACCACAGAGAAGUAACAUCACAGUCAUACAAGUGUCAAACAAAGGGCCACCUCAUACCGCAAUACCGGUCCUCGGACCGGAAACUGACGUCUUCAACUUCAACUUUCAACAGGAAGUGACUAUAACCCCCGAUACGGGUCAAUCUGACGCGCGAAGUUUCGUCAAUAUCGUCAAUACAGAAAUAGAUGUACAGAACUCGAACAAAAACGACUACGGGACUGUUUUCACAAAGAGCAAUACUGAUUAUGGUCACCUAAGCCUCACAACAACUGUCAGCUUGACAGGAGAAGCUGUCAAAACCGAUGACAGUAUAUACGAAAGGCUUUGCAUGGCGUCCACAUCCACAGACAAGACGUCGCCGCUGCCCGUGAAAAAAAUUAAAAGCAUAGACAAAAUUAGGAAAUCAUCACUGCCCAAUUUGGAGUUAACUUCCGAAUCGGCUUACGAGUGCUUAUUUCCAAACACUAGUCAUAACAAUCAUAAUAAUAAUAUUAGAAACACGACUAAUAUAACAUUAAAUCAAAACCGUUCGGAUACAAAUCCGGGCAUCGUGAAUGGACGUUCGGAAAUCAAUUCUAACUUAAAUGAUACUCCUAGAUCAAAUGUACAAGUGAAUGUGACAAACACGUCAGUGAGUGCUAAUUUGAAUCCUAUUUCGCGAGUUAUAAGGACUAAUGUCGAGCGAUCACAAAGUCAGAACGCUUAUGAUAGUGCGCCAAGGCUGAGGGAGAAUUUAAUUAGAAGAGUGCAAAAUAACAGUCCGAAGAGAGAAACAAAAAUAGAAAAGACUGAAGUGCCGGCUAAACCAAUCUGGAAGCGUGGCUUAACCGAGCUGUCACUUUUGAGCCGACUGCGGGGACUGGGGCAGGUCAAGCGGCAGGAGAGCCCCACUCGACACGAGAACGACAGUGGGGACAGGAGUAUGACGUCGCCUGUAAAGGUGAUCCAUAGAUCCAGACCUCAAGGAAGAGUCGACAGCAGUAGGCGAAGAAGCAGUUCCCUCAGUAAUGGUCAUUCGCCCGGGCGUCAAGUGAGCAACGUUGCUCCGAACGCGUGUAUGAUGGCGCCACUUCGCGCGCGGCAGGCCGCAGCUUUGCGUGCGGAGCAACGGCGCGGCGCCGCGGUGGCGACCUCGCUCUCCGUCAGGGACCCUCCCAUAUUCGUCGACUACGAACGACAGGUCUGGAUCGCCCGUUGGGGUGUGAAUGGCACUCGUUGUGGAGGACGCACGGGAGAUAGAGUGGCAGCGCUGGCCGGGACGCAACCUACUAAUGCGGCGCACGCAAGGUUGCUCCUGAAGUCUGCUCACACUCCACUCGUUGACAUAUUAUUUCAUCGGGUGCCGCUCGGAAAGAUCUAUGUCAUAAGCAAGCGGGAUCGGGAGAGCAUAGGUAUAAAGCUGGACGGCGAGUGCGUGGUGACGGCGGUGGCGGGCGGGUGCGGUGCGGCGCGCGCGGGGAUUCCCCCCGCCGGCCGCUGGGCCGUCACCGAGGUCAACAACCGCGCCCUCGACUUGAUAAAGGGCGGUGAAGAAGAAAUGAACAGACUGAGUUUACACGGAACUGAAGUUUCUGUGCUCAUACAACCGGCAGCUUUGGUGAAGAAACUGCGGGCAGCUAUCAAGUCCAACAAGUCCUUAUUAGCUAUUAGAUAA